UUUGCUUGUUGUUGAAUAUUUUUUUGUCAUUUAAUUCGAUUACAGUACGUUCUUUUUGAGAAAAUAUAAGAAAAAGAACACUAGUGUUGAAAUGAAAGACUAACAAUCAGAAGUCACUUUCACGUCACGACGUGUUGCAAGAAACUGUGGAGGUCCGAUCAAACACAGGCACCAUGUGUGCUCUACCAGGUGCAGGUGGACAAGGGAAGCGGAAAGAAAUUUAUAAGUAUGAGGCACCAUGGACAGUCUACAGCAUGAACUGGAGUAUCCGUCCAGACAAACGAUUCCGACUAGCACUUGGGAGCUUUGUAGAGGAAUACAACAAUAAGGUACAGAUAGUGUCCCUUGAUGAGGAAACCUCAGAGUUUACAUCAAAGAGCACAUUUGAUCACCCAUAUCCAACAACCAAAAUAAUGUGGAUCCCUGAUGCUAAAGGGGGAUAUCCUGAUUUGCUAGCCACCAGUGGUGACUAUUUACGAGUGUGGAGGGUCAGCGAUAAUGAAUCUCGGCUGGAAUGCCUCCUCAAUAAUAACAAGAAUUCAGAUUUUUGUGCUCCAUUGACUUCCUUUGACUGGAAUGAGGUGGAUCCUAAUCUCUUAGGAACGUCCAGCAUUGAUACAACAUGCACAAUAUGGGGUCUAGAGACAGGGCAAGUUCUGGGUCGUGUGAAUGUUGUGUCUGGCCAUGUAAAAACCCAGCUGAUCGCCCAUGACAAGGAGGUGUACGAUAUCGCAUUCAGUAGAGCGGGAGGAGGAAGGGACAUGUUUGCUAGUGUUGGUGCUGAUGGUUCUGUCCGUAUGUUUGACCUGCGACACCUGGAGCAUUCAACAAUUAUUUAUGAGGAUGCUCAACACCACCCUCUCCUCAGACUGUGCUGGAACAAACAAGACCCUAACUACCUCGCUACAAUGGCUAUGGAUGCCAUGGAGGUAAUUAUUUUGGAUGUGCGAGUACCUUGUACACCUGUAGCUCGCCUGAACAAUCACCGAGCCUGUGUAAAUGGCAUUGCUUGGGCCCCACACUCCAGUUGUCACAUCUGUACAGCUGCUGAUGACCAUCAGGCCCUGAUCUGGGACAUCCAGUCGAUGCCCCGAGCAAUCGAGGAUCCUAUACUGGCAUAUACAGCAGGAGGGGAGAUAAACCAGAUUCAGUGGUCAUCAACACAGCCAGACUGGAUUGCUAUCUGUUAUAAUAACUGUCUCGAAAUCUUACGUGUGUGAAUUAAAGGGAGAUAAUUUGUGCUAAUAUACAUCUAGUUGACAAAGAAUGUGGUUCAUGUAGAAAAAUAUUUUAGAAAAGAAAAUAUUAGUGUGUACAGCUAAUUUUGAGGGAACUAUAAAAACCACAAAUUAUGUGUCAUUAUUAAAAUUGCAGAAUGUUCAUCCUACUUUUUAAAGUGCAUAUACUUACUACUGUAUGUACAUACAUAUGACCAGUGUUCAAAGUAAGAAUUGUUCAGAGGGAUUAUUAUUUAAGUGUACAGUACGUUAAACAUUAUUUUGGGUCCUUGAAAGGCACAAAAAAAUUUAGCCAACCUUAACCCGGGGUACUAAUUUGAAGAAAAAAAAAUUAAAGGGGCCUGGACACAGUUGCAUUGUUUACAAUUUUUGUCUGGUGUCAGUCUGCAUGUAUUUGCCCUUCCACACAAUUAGUCAAACCAUUUUAGUUUCUAAAACCUUUAAAAGGAUUUUAUCACAAGCAUGAGUGAGAUUGAACACUAAUGACUUCAUACAGUUCAAUGUCAUGCAAAGCUGUGAAUACAGUAAGUUAAAAAAAAGUCUAAAAUUCCUAGUCAUAUUGAAAAUAUGGUAAAAUUUUUAUACUGAAUAUUGUAUGUAGAAAAUUUAAACCACUAAAUGAAUAUCUCAGAUAUAAUUGAUAAGCAGAAUUAAGAAAUUAUUCUCAGAACCCUGAUGAUAAGAUUCCUGAUGGAGUCAGUUCCGUAGACUCUCAGAUGUACAUGCUUUAUUACAGCACUAAAAAUUUAAUAAAAAUGUCUAUUCAACAGUGUAAUGUAGUUAAAUGAAAAAAAUUCAUGGGAUUUAUUCAUACCAAGAGUGUGUGCAUUAUUUUAGGUUGUGUUCAGAGGGCAACUAUUAUAUUAGGUUACAGAUUGUCACACAAAAGAAUUUUUUUUAUAAUAUGAUAUUUUUGAAAUAAAUGUGUACUUAAUAAUUAUUGCAUGAAAUGCAAUGCAUAGUACAUGUAUUAAGAUAUAUUUUAUUAAUAUAAUACAUGUUUGUGUAAAUAUUCCAAGUGUAAUAUUUGUUCUAGGAAAACCUUUAGUCAGCAGUUAUUAAUGAUGAUGAAUCAGUAGACUAAUACAUUUUUUUUAUUGUAGCAAAAACUUAUUAAUUAAAAAAUAAAGUACACAAUCAGGAAUUUCUAGAUUAUGUGUGUGAUGAAAUACUUUAUGUAUUAUGAAUGUACAUUUAUAUUGACUUUGUUUCAUAUAUUUACAUAUGAAUAUCAGGAAAUUCAUUUCAAACAAUGUCUAAAUUUGGGUAAUGUUGAAAAGUAUAUUUUCACAACACUGAAAAAAUUGGGAAAUUAUUUUAAAACUUUUACCAUGCUUAUGGCAUAUGCAGGAAUGUUCAAAGCUUAAAAAGUGGAUUUUAGAAUUUGAAAAGAGAAUAGAGGAUAAGGAUAAUAUCCUGUAUUCUCUUUUGAAAUUUUAAAAUCCACAUUUUCAGCUUUGAACCAUUCCUGCAUAUGCCAUAAGCAUGGUAAAAGUUUGAAAGUGCAAAGAAUGCUACAAGUAUUUAAAAAAAAAAAAAAGAAAAGAGUGGAGAGAGAAAAAAAAGUAAUUUUUUACAUUGUUUUCUCCAACCUCCAUAUCCCAUUUAAUUCAUUUCAUUUUAAUUUUGUAAUAAUUAUAAAAAACAUUCACAAUAGAUUUUAGAUUAUGCCAAGGUCAAAUUGUAGUGAACUUGAUGGUUACAAGGGGUCUUUACUUUUAAGUAUAUACACUUUUUGCAGUGAAACAUAUUUUAUUAGCCUCAUGGAUAGAAUCUUUUACACUGCUAUUUAAUUAUUUUAUACUUUAAAUUUGUCAUGUCUUGUCAUAUAAGGUUAUUUAAUGUUUUCUUUUGUAUCUUGUUAAAAUUAUAUUUUUGGCCAUUCUUGGUUCAUAUAAUUUUCACAUUUCAUCAAAUACCAAUAAUUUAUGUACAUAUAAAUUAACUAUAAUUUUUAUUUUUUCAUGUGUUUAAAUUUGUC